UAGGGCUUACAAGUUCGCCGUGCCCCUGGGGACCAGUGCGAGGUUGUGCGGCAUGGAGGGUGCAGACACUCCCACAGCGCAGAUUUUGCUAUCAGCACAGAGAGUUUCUGGUGUGGCUUAUGCAAAAGAGACAAUACAGCGUGUUUCUCUGCUCCCGAGGGGAGGUCACGGCAGGAGUUCCCUGAGUUGACACGUAUGAACCAUAAAGUCAGUUUGGACCGAAAAGCAGUCGGACCCACACGGACAUCAGUCCAGACUGAAAUCCGGUUCAGACAGCACACGCAACAUGUUCAAGCUUGCACGGAGGCCUUUCAGUCAAUAUAAGAAGAUGGUUAAGGCGAGAGAUUGCUAUUCUGUCUUUUACAUCGGUACAAAGGGAGGACUAAAUGCCAAAAAAGAGAAAAGUUUUUUAAAAAAAUGACGCUUUAAAACAGUUCAAGUAUCUUUGUGUUUACGGGGAGAAGGGAAUAACUGCGGCCAAGGCUCUGAAAAGAGACGGUCGCUUCGCCGAUGACCUGGGCUACUUUGAGCUGGUUAACAUCAACGACGAACGUAAGACCGAGUGCACAGACAUAAUCGAAUGUCUGGACAAUAAGAAAUUCCAGAUAUGUUUUCCACAGGGAGCAGAUACGGAUGUAGCCAUCCCAGGGCAGCAGAAACCUCCACACGCAUCAAAUAAUGCAAAGCGCAGCGGUGGAAUGACAUCGGUCUUAGAUGUAGCACGACAGAACGGAUUGAGUCUAAAAACGGCGAUCAAAGAAACGGACAGCAGCAUUGACCGUAAGGAGGUUUACGGUCUACUUUGUCAGCAGUACCCGCGUCUGAAACGAUGGAUGGAGAGUAGAUUCCCUAAAAAUUCUUUUCAGGAAGCACUGAAGUACAGGAAGGAGAGCUUUGGAAAGAGCCGACAGUCUUUUACUGAAAUUCGCAGUGUUAUGUUGCUGCUCGAACUGAGCGAGUCAGUUUGUCUCAUAUCCGGUUCCUUCGUAAAGCAAGGCACAGGCUUUGUGCUAUUUGACGACUUUGUCUUGACCGACGCCCGCUUAUGCGACUACUGGGUUAAAUCAAACACACCUAACUGGCGUGAAUUUGUAAACGUUACCGUGGUCUUUAACUUUGAAGACCAAGAGUCAGACAGGAACAACCUCGGCGCUAAGGUGUUCAUCGGCAACGAUAAGUUAGAUUAUGUCAUACUUAAGCUGGAAACAGAGAAAGUCCCGCCGGGGCUCCUUAAGAGAUUUGGGCCUGUACCUUCAGACGGCGAGGCCUGUGUCGUCGGACACCCAGGAGGAGGAGUGAAAAAAACGAGUCCUACGUGCGUCAUUGAGAAAGAGAGGCGAGAGCAUGCUGAGAAUAAUGAAAAUUUAGAAGACUGCAAGGAAUUUUGCAGUCUUUGUGAAAUCAAUCAGCAGAUCAAAAACGACCCGUAUGAAAAUAUCUACGUCACCUACAACGCUCUCAUGUACCACGGCUCUUCCGGCUCCUCGGUUUUCGAUGCCGAGGGACGAGUGUUUGGUCUGCACAGCGGCGGGUUUUUCUACGGGUUUCCGAACCUUAGCGAGAAUGUGAUUGAGUACGCCUUUCCUCUGCUCACUAUAUUUGAAAACUUUGUGGAUAAUCUGAAGAAAGAUGGGUAUGGGGAGGUGUUGGAAAGAGUUGUGGAGGAAGCGAAGGGAAAUCCUCACCUAGAAAACAUUAUAGCCUCUGUUGUGGGGUCAAAGCAAGGCAAACCUGAUGCGUUGUUGCAGGAAGUUGAGAGUAAAACAGAUUCUGAGGAGAUCGGUGAUGGCUGUGUAGAGACAGAAUGAUCGCAGUAGUUUGUCUGCCUAUUUUGUACAGAUGAACUCUUAUUUUACAAAUUCUUAGUUUUCACUCGUUAUCAUUACGACAAAGGGUAUGGGGCUCUUGACAACCAUUUUCACAGUUUCUGGAAAAAGCGAGGACAAUUUGUGUUUCCUUUUUUAUUUUAUCGUAGUUUUGUUUUUAGUUUUGACAGACUAGAUACAUUUAACUUUGUCAUAAACUUGUUUCUUUUAUAAGCCUUUAAGAUUAGUUGAGUGGUCGCAUGAUUUUUCAUUGCUCAACUAGUGUAAUGAAAUCAGUUUUUCUACUUUUUUUGUGUGAGUGACCUCACUGUAGAUGCUUAAGACGUUGUAAUUCUUAACACUUGUUACGUAUGUAUUCAAGUGAGGCUUGGGAUUUAUUAAAGGCUGUUUGGAUACGGCUUCUGUUUUGA